UAUACCAGCUGGGGUGGAUCGGAUUUGGUUGCAGAUUUUCUACAACAAUUGUAGUGUUUAUUAUAAAUCUAAACCUCUGCUACGUUGUUGACACUCGUGCGCAACAGUAUGAUAAUUGAAUUGUGUGAAAAAAGGCAAUAUUUUAAGUCCCAACCCGUUGCCCAAUAAUUGGUGUGUGCUUUGUUGGUAGAAAUUGCGUGUCCACCGCAGUACAACACAACGUCGAUAAUAAUGAGACGUUUGCACCAGGCAGCAUCACAAUAGUCGAUGGCAAACAACAAGCGUACGGUACCGAAUUCAACACCACGCGCGAAGGACGACGGCUUUUUCGACUUUCCAGCCAAUCUAGCGAUCGAACUUGGUUUCCCUUGACGAGCGGUGUUCUGCUCGACCUACCAUCCAGCUUUGAUUGAACCUGUGUGCUUUAGGAUCCAUCAUCCAGUGCAACCGAGACUCCCUUUAGUGCAGUGUGUGAAAUAUUCGAUGGUGUCAUCCGUCGGAUAACAAAGAACAGCAUCGGUCAAAUGACCUCCGAAGGAACGCUUGUGGAUCUGGACUUCGGAGACACAAGCAGCAGUAAUCUUGUCGAUACCGUCAUCAUAUCAAACGGACUCACAUCCCCAAUACUUGCAGCCGGAAACGGUACUCUUCACAACGACCCAAGGUCACCACCGCAGGCCCUGCAGGCGCUCCGCGAAAAGGUGAAUCAACUAUCGGUCGUUUCCGGUGCGCACGAACAUCUACAAUCGCCAACGUUGCAUCCUGCAUCAGGCAACGGUGAACGAGACGUAAGCGAUGCGAUCGUGAACGACCUGCUACCGCCAAACUCUGUACCGUUGUUUGGCGCCGCGGCAGACAAUAAACAGAGCGUGAACAACCAAAGUUCGUCGCGGCUGUCUGCAUCUUCAGCCUCGACCGUGGCCACCACCGUAGUGGACACCGGGGACGGUACGCCGCUCGUGCUGCCGGACGUCAGCUUCGAAGGCAUCACGCUGGAUUCCGGCAUCGAUCGAGAAUCGCAACCCCUGCUGGGGUCGCGAGAUCAUGAGAUUACGUACAAUCAAUUUCCCGAUGAUCCUCACUUCAGUGAUCUAGUGUACUCUGCAGAAAUAGCGAUCGAUGCUGGCAUCUAUCCGGAACGUAUCUACCAAGGAAGUAGUGGAUCGUACUUCGUCAAGAAUCCCGCCAAAAAAGUAAUUGCCGUUUUCAAACCAAAAGAUGAAGAACCGUACGGAAGGUUAAAUCCCAAGUGGACCAAAUGGAUGCACAAACUGUGCUGUCCGUGCUGUUUUGGACGCGCCUGUCUGAUACCGAACCAAGGGUAUCUCUCGGAAGCCGGAGCUAGUCUAGUGGACCAAAAACUAAACCUAAAUAUCGUACCGAAGACGCGCGUUGUACGACUUGUCUCGGAAACGUUCAACUAUCCGCGCAUCGAUCGGCAGAAGGCUCGCAUAAAGAAAACGAUCAAGGAGCGCAUUCCGGCGGCACGAUUCAAUCGCAUGUCGCUCCCACCGAAGACCGGUUCGUUUCAGCUGUUCGUCGAUGGGUACAAGGAUGCCGAUUACUGGUUGCGCCGGUUCGAACAGGAACCGCUGCCGACGCGACUGGGCCAAAAGUUCCAGCUACAGUUCGAGCGGCUGGUAGUGCUGGACUACAUCAUUCGAAACACGGAUCGGGGCAAUGACAAUUGGCUGAUAAAGUACGAUCAGCCGUCGAUCGUGCCAACCAGCCCGACAGCAACCAGCCCGAACGGUGUGAACGGGCUGGCGAAUGGGAUGAACGGUGGCGGUGGGUAUAUACCGCGCAGUAGCAGCCGGCUGGAGAUGAUGGAGCACACGGACUGGAAUCUUGUGCAACUGCCCGAAAUACGGAUCGCGGCCAUCGAUAACGGGCUCGCGUUUCCGUUCAAACAUCCCGACUCGUGGCGCGCCUACCCGUACCACUGGGCCUGGCUGCCGCAGGCAAAGCAACCCUUCAGCCAGGACAUCAAGGAUCUGGUGCUGCCGUCGCUCUCCGAUCCGAACUUCUGCGAGGAGCUGUGCAACGAGCUGUACGAACUGUUCAAGCAGGACAAGGGCUUCGACCGGGGCUUGUUCGAGCGGCAGAUGUCUGUGAUGCGCGGUCAGAUGUUGAAUCUGACCCAAGCUUUAAAGGACGGCAAGAGCCCUGUGCAGCUGGUCCAGAUGCCGGCCGUCAUCGUCGAGAGAUCGAAGGUUAAUCCGGGAUCUUCGAGAUUUUUCUCAUUCCAGCAGCGCUUCCAAAAUAAGAGCCCAUUCUUUUCCUGGUGUUAAGAAACGGUAAAACGGUAGGGCCAAUCCGCCGUACAAGACAUGGUACAUGGUACAGAAAAGGGGAAAUUAGCGUCAAAGAGCCAGUGGGCCGUUUUACCGACUCGCUGUGUUGACAUGCGGAAAACACUUGGCCAGGUAGCACGGGCAGCGUGUAAUGGAACGGGGUGGGACUCCCCUACUACUGCACGUCGAUUUCGGAAAAAUGGUAACAGGAAGAUCUGCAUAUAUAGUUCUAUAAAUUACACAGUCGCUAACAAGAGGUAGCGUUCGUUUCGUGUACUCUCUUGUAAGGCGAUAAAAGUGCAGUUAGUUAAUUUCAACACUAGCAAACAAACCAGAAAGCAAAGAGGAGAAAAAGAAAUACCUACUACCAACAAUAAGUGCAACGGUACAUAUUACAAACAUUUAUACAUGUAUAAAUAGGAAUAUUUAAAUCAGGUUGAAAUCAAUCACAUCCGCAUCAUAAUUUGUUCGAAGGGCAGAAACCGUACUCUAGGAAUCGUCAUUUCAUCACAACGAGGCUCCGCACUGGAAGGGAUUAGCGAAGCGAAAUUAGUAGCGCAGUAGCAAACAGGACCAGAUCGUCCCAGAGUACACAGUAUCUAUCUCAGGCUGGCGGUAGGAACGGUUGGGUGGCAUCACCUAGUUUUUUAGUUAGUUUUAUUUCCCGCAUACGCGAGUGUGCGAGCGCGAGCUUGUGCGUUCCCUAUUUUGUUUUUCUUCCGUUUGGCUUUCAUAUCCCGUGCGUGGCAUUCUCUUUUCGGUGAAGCAAAAAAGCAAUGUGUAUAAUAGGAAGAUGUCCACAUGUUUUGUUCCUUUUGUUGUGUUGAGUUGUUGAGACGAUCUGCGGUAAGCUUGUGUUUCUGUAUCUAGAGUAAGUGUAGGUAAGCGCUAAAAGUGAAACGAACAACGUAACAUUAUCAGUACCAGGUAACUGCAUAAUCAAGUUAUAUUCCCCCCCACUAGUCCUUUAUAUUAAACGCAAGUAAUCGAUUAUCGAACAGUGUAAGUAGCGCGGUACCGACCGGGCCACAUAAUGCGUCCGUUCGCUGUUUCGCAGGUAAGCGGUCAGAGCGUAGUUUUCAAUCAAAGCGAUGUAACGUUUAGCGUUCGGUUUCCGGAUCCCCGCCGACGGGGCAGUUGUAGAUAGAUGCUCCUCUCUCUCGCUCGCCGGUCUCCCCGAUCCCUAACAGGUCAGACAGAUCCCCCAUCCCUAGGACUCACAUAUAGGCUCCUCUUGAACUUCAUUUACGGAACAGCAUCCUAGAAAACGAAUGAUCGAUAAAAGGCAGCAACGCCUAGGUUAGGAAACGGGUGGGCAGGAAGCAGGAAGAGGAGCGGCCAGGUGUAUGUGUUCGUGCUGUGCGUGUGUGUGAGUGUGCCUGAAAGAGGAGGUGUUUCUGAAAUAGAUAGAACAAAAAACCCACUGAUGAUAAUGUAGAAGUGUGAUGCGGAGUGCAUCGUGGCAAGCGCCGAGCAGCACGGCACGCAUCGAUCAGUUCAGUGCAAUUACAAACGAUCGAAAAUUCCAACAGGCCACCAGUUUUGUAAUGCGCGAUUGAACGCGACGGGAACGUGGUAAUAGAGAAGAUACGUAUAUUUAUAUUUCUCACCUUUCUCUGCUCUUGAUUACCUUCUUCACUUUCAAUUGCGCUGUAGCUAUUUUGGUGAACAUUUCUUUCCGUUUACUUUCUGGAAUCUGUUUUGUAAAAUAUAAUUCAAAUUAUUAACACACAUCGUACGUUGCUGUUUUCUUUCCCAAAGACCAUUAUUGAGAACCUUAUAUGAUAGAAUAGGGUUCCUUGUUUAGGAAAUUGAUCGGCUGAACUAAAAAUACGUAAUGACAAGAAAGAAUAAGGAAGGGGAUGGGAUAGAAAGGAAAAGUUUUAUUUAAUUUAAUCAUGGUAUUACUUAAAUUAACCCUUAUUGUCGUAACAUUUGAUUGAAUUUGUACUUAGUUGUUUUUUUUUUCACUUCAUGUCCCCUAAUGGUCUAAUGUUUCAUAAAAUAAUAGUAGCAACACUAGCAUUUCCCGUUCAAGGGCAGCUUCUCUUGGUGAACGUCAUCGUAGCGUGUUCAGAACAUGGCACU